GCGAGGCCGAGAGUUACGAAGUACUGCACAUGCGCGUACCGUGAUGUUUUUGAAAUCACGGACUUUUCGUGAAGGAGGUAGGAGCUUCCUGAAACCGUCCUUUGCCAGAGUUCUGGGAACCCAGGUUUUGAGCCCAUUAGAAGGUGUCAUGCUGAGUUCUUUUUCUUAAACCUCAGAAUCUUGGCUUCGGCGUUUGGGGCAAACUCAGUUCUCGUUCUCGAGCCAGUUUCCCCUGAGUUAUCGCGAGACCCGUGGGCCGAGCUGAUAGCCCAACAGCCGGUAUAUUCUAAGAGCUCUACGCGGCCCUUGGAGCCUUAGUGACGGGAAGUAGCGCCCCGGAGUGAGCCUAAUGCUGGCGGACCCCACCUGGGAGCCUGGCAGUGAUGGAUGAGGACCUGGUUUUGGCACUACGGCUUCAGGAGGAGUGGAACUUGCCGGUUUCGAAGCUCGGUCAGGCUCAGGAGCCCCUAUCACUGGUGGACGAGUCCUGGGAGUUGGUGGAUCCCACCCCGGAUCUGCAGGCCCUGUUCGUGCAGUUCAACGAUCGGUUCUUCUGGGGCCAGCUGGAGGCCGUGGAGGUGAAGUGGAGCAGGCGAAUGACCCUGUGUGCUGGGAUCUGCACCUAUGAAGGGAGAGGUGGAAUGUGCUCCAUCCGUCUCAGCGAACCCCUUUUAAAGUUGAGACCAAGAAGGGAUCUUGUGGAGACCCUCCUGCAUGAGAUGAUACACGCCUAUUUGUUUGUCACCAACAACGAUAAAGACCGGGAAGGACACGGCCCCGAGUUUUGUAAGCACAUGCAUCGCAUCAACUGCCUGACGGGGGCCAACAUCACGAUAUACCACACCUUCCACGACGAGGUGGACGAGUACCGGCGGCACUGGUGGCGCUGUGACGGGCCGUGCCAGUUCAGGAAGCCCUACUACGGCUACGUCAAGCGGGCGACCAACAGGGCGCCCUCCGCCCACGACUACUGGUGGGCCGAGCACCAGAGCACCUGCGGAGGCACGUACGUGAAGAUCAAGGAGCCAGAGAACUACUCCCGAAAAGGCAAGGGAAAGACCAAACUAGCAGCUGCAGACAAUAAAGAUAAACCCAACAGAGUUGUCCCAUUCAGUGGGAAAGGACGUGUUCUAGGAGGAACAAACAAGGCACCUUCGUCUGGGAAGUGCGCCACCCCACGUGCUAUCACCAAAACCCGAGAUCUUCUAAGUCAGGACCACUCGGCCAAUGUCGGAAGACCAAGUCCUAACGCUGAGCUGAAAUCUGAGCAGAGUGGUUUGAGGAAGACAGGGCCUCUGGUCUCUCCUGUUCUCAGCAGCAGCCCCCAAAAUGUUUUAAGCAACUACUUUCCUAGAGUGUCAGCUGCCAGUCAGAAGGCCUUCUGGACCGUGACUGGGUCCCCGUGGAAAAGUGGAACCGGUGGUGACGUCAGUAAAAACUCCGCCCCUUCUAGUUCUCAGAGAAAGGCGUCCUCCUCUGAGACGGCUCUGAGAAAUUCUCUGAAAGCGGCGGAGUUGACGCGCGCAUCCCAGGGCGAGAGUGCGUCUAAAAACGAGUUCCUGAGUAAACGGCCGAGGCUGGAAGACAGGACUGUUUUUAACAAAUUUUUCAUCAAGAAAGAGAAAACACAGAGCGGUGGGAAUGAUCCAGAGUGUAGCUCACAUCCCGUGGCUGUGGCGCAGAAUUCCAGCAGUUCAUCUGGUCCCAGCAGAAAGGUCAGCUGUCCUGUCUGUCAGAGCGAAGUUGUGGAGUCUCAGAUUAACGAGCACCUGGAUCUGUGCCUUGAAGGUGGUGGCAGCAGCAAAGUCAAAAACAGCAACAGUCUCUGAAAAAAAAAGUGGGUCUCGCAUACCACCAUUGAUACGUGCAGUGUCGGCCGCUCAGGAAGUUCUGGUUAACACUAAGAUUUGUAGUUUGUGCUCUAGGUCAUGCACCCAGCACAAAGCAUUCUAUUCCAUAUGUACAUCUGACAUUGUAACUUCAGGUAUUUCUCUAAAGUCCCUGUAUUUAUAUUCACUCUUGCCUUAUAUAUAUUGUAGCCCAGAGUUCUGUAUGUUUACAGGCAUAAUUUCAGAUACUGUUGUUAAUUCUUGCUCAUAACCCUUUUAAAAUGUUUAUCUUUUUACUUGCACUUUCCUCAAAAUAUUUAAUAAGAAAUUAAAUAUUUGGUUAAAUUCAGUAUUUCCUUAUGAAUGUUAAAACUCAUUCCCAAUACUGUUAGUAUUUAUAGUAUUAGGCAUAUUGACCAAAAAUACAAUCCAGAGGGCAGAGUAUUUUGUGUUAGGAUACUCAGGUAGUUUUUAGAUUUUUCAAACCUUUUCCUCCCAAAUGUUAACAGGAAAUACAUGUUAUAUAUUUUAAAGAAUUUUGUUUGGCAUCAGAUUGUAAAGUAGAUAGGAAAACAAAAUUCUUUUGGAGUAUUGUAAGAAAUAGCCACUGUAAUUCUAUAGGCCAGAGUUUAGUUGUUUUCUGAAAAUUUAGCAAAAUGAGUGGCUAAAACUUGGUGCUAAGUAACUAGCAUAUAUAACAUAGCAAACCUAGUUUACGUAACACAGAAAUUACUGAAAACGUAUUAUGACCCUUUAAAAGCCAAGGUUGAAACUGUUCCAGUAAAAGGAAUACCAUUUGUUCAGACAUACUUAAAACUGUUUUCAUGUUCUAGAGCAAAGGGACACACACUUCAAUCAGUUGACUUUUGUGUCGCGGCUGUACCUCCACACCCUGGCGUGUUUUUUCUUUACUGGGGUGCACUGUGACUUGUCUGUACAGAAGACGCAGAGCGCUUUACUGUGAAGCUGGGCGACUGUCAGGUGCCACCCAAGGUGUCCUCACAAGUGCCUCCGCCUUGCUAAUCCCCACAACCCCUGAGUGACCCGUUUUCUUCUCUGUCGCCACAGGUCCGUUUAGCUCGUUUUUUAACUUCAUAAAGUACUUCUUUGUUGGUACGUGUAGCGUAGUAUUUGUGUGAAUAUGCCAAAGUUUAUAUGUCUACCCUACAUUAAGGGACAUUUGAAUUACUUCAGCUGGGGCUGGCUGUUACACAUACUGCUGCUCAGAACACUCCCGUCCCUUCUCCUGGGCCUGUGCUCGGGGCUGGGCUGCUGGGUCACAGGGCGAGUCAUCUAUGGUUGGCCUCGGUGGGUACUGCCAGUUUGCGCUCCCACAGCAGAGCGUGAGCGCUGCCCUUGUCCGUUUGUUAACGCCGUCAUCAGUCCUCGUCAUUUUAGCCUGUCUGGUUGAGAGUUCGCAAGUUCUGAUGUUUUUAAGUGUGAAGUUGAAAAAUAAUAUUUAAUAAAUACAUGACCUAAAACAUAUAUUGAA